AAAAAAACUAAGAUUUCAAUAGUUGGGCCAACUGAAGUGGGAAGGGGCUCGUAGUAACAUUCCAAGUGAACUCAACAUACACAGGGGUCUAUAUGUGACUUUCCUAAGCGUGGGUUUCGGAACUCCCGUUAUCAAUUCAUCACACACACCAAGAUUUCGGGUAUCUCUUUAACCAGCACUUUUACGAUCUCCUUUGGUAUUUCAUCUAGUCCUGGCGCCUUAUCUGUUUUCAAGUUCCUCCAGCUCACUCAUGCUGAAUUCUGGUACGUCAAGAGUUUGCUCGAAUUUCCAUUUGGAGUGUGAGUACUUCGGCAACACUCCAUCUGCAAUUUUUAUUUGCCGUUCAGUAUUCAGGCCGGCAGUAUGAGACCACAGCUAUUGGAAUUAUCAGAGCAAUUGCAAGCUUCUUUGAUAGCAUAUGAUGAAGGUCUUCAGUCUGAUGAUGUAGGCCUAGCUGGAGCCCUUUGGAGGAGACUGUAUCAAAUGGGGGAUGUGGAUAUUCACGAUCUGGAGGCAUUGGUUAAAUAUGUUAGACAACAGAUUUCCAUGCUGGACAGUAUACCCAAUGAAAAGAUAUUUAGGGCAGAAGUCAAUUGGGCCUAAUCAACUUCAUUCAAGCUUAGGAAGUAUGAGCGUUUCUUUUUUUGUUAACAUAUAUGUUAUAUAUUGUUUAACUGUGUACAUAUUAAUUAUAUUCAGAAUAUAGAAUUGUAACAUUGUGACUUUAUUAUAAAAAAAACUUGG